AUGACAAUGCAGACAAAAACACAGCUUGAGAUCACAGAUAAAAUCGCCAAGCCUGCUAUUGAGCCUAAGUCCCCCUUUAGCCCUGUUAAAAAUACUCAAGAGCUGGGCAAGUCUAAGAGGAAAGGUAAAGGGAAAAAGCAUGCUGAAGCCCAGUUAUCUGAAACCAUAAACACUGAGCCUGCUUUGUUGCCGGAAGCAGAAGCCCUGCCAUCUACCAAGGACACUGAACCAACCAAGGAUACUGUGAGGGACGACUACAUGGUGACCCCAGAAGUGACAAAAAGCAAUGCUCAACCAAAGAUUGCUGUUGAAAGAUUGCAUCGUGAGGAAACUGUGCAGGCAGCAGCUGUGCUCCCUAAGGCCCCAGUAGACAAAAGAGAGGUGGAGCCGGCUCUGCCCCGUGCUGAAAAACACAUGCAGGGAGCUCCAAAGGCAGAAACAUCCUCAACAGAGAAGGGAGAGAGCGGAGAGUUAGCGUCACAGGCCCCAGCGCUCCCAACAGCACGAGCAGCUGCAGCUCAGCAGCAGGACAGCCCCCUCCGCCCGCACCCAGAGCCUCCCAGAGUUGCACAACAGCAGUGGACAAGUCAGGCAGCAGAGCGCAGCACAGAGGAAGGGCACGCUGGUUCAAAGCCGCUGCCGCAGACUCCAGGCGCGAAGAAGAAAUUGGUGAAGGACACACCCUCUGUCACCACCACACCUGCCGUUUCUGAUAUUCACUCUGUGUCCUGUGAAACAGACGAAUUGAACAUGAGGAGGAAAAUAGUGGUAGUGGAGGAGAUAGUUGAGGUGAAACGGAUAGUUAGUCCAGAGGCUGGAGCAGGGGGACAGUCGCCUCUGCCACCUGUGACACAAGAGGACGAAGAGGAUGAGCUGGACAUGGAUGUCUUGGAGGAGAUUGCGAUUGAGAGGUCACUGUUGCAGGCUGUACCAGGAGCUGCUGAAGGGGAAUGGGACCACUCGCUUAUGGAGCCAGACGACAAGACGUUUAACUUCGUAGAAGAUGAACGGGACAGCGUACAAAAGAAGACCUUCACAAAAUGGGUCAACAAACACUUGAUAAAUGCUCAACGCCAUGUGACCGAUCUCUAUGAAGACCUCCGGGAUGGGCAUAACCUGAUCUCCCUGCUGGAAGUCCUCUCUGGGGAUACACUGCCCAGAGAGAAAGGCCGCAUGCGAUUCCACAAACUACAGAAUGUACAGAUAGCACUGGACUUCCUCCGACACAGACAGGUCAAGCUCGUCAACAUCCGAAAUGAUGACAUCGCAGACGGAAACCCUAAACUCACUCUGGGGUUAAUAUGGACCAUCAUCCUUCACUUCCAGAUCUCAGACAUUCAGAUAAAUGGCCAGUCAGAGGACAUGACGGCCAAGGAGAAGCUGCUCCUCUGGUCCCAGAGGAUGACAGACGACUACCAGGGAAUCCGCUGUGCCAACUUCACCACCAGCUGGAGGGACGGGAAACUGUUCAACGCUGUCAUCCACAAGCACCACCCAAGACUUAUCGAUAUGGGCCAAGUGUACAGGCAAAGCAACCUGGAAAACCUGGAGCAGGCGUUUGGGGUGGCAGAGCGUGACCUGGGAGUCACCCGCCUUCUGGAUCCAGAAGAUGUUGAUGUGGCUCACCCUGAUGAGAAGUCCAUCAUUACAUAUGUCUCAUCCCUGUACGACGUCAUGCCACGCAUUGAUGUCACCGAUGGAGCCAGAGCUAAUAACUUGGAGCUUCGCUGGCAGGAGUACUACGAGCUGGUGACACUUCUGCUGCAGUGGAUCCGGCAUCAUGUUGUCAUCUUUGGGGAAAAGAAGUUUCCCACCAGCUAUGAGGAGGUCGAGCUUUUGUGGCGCCAGUUCCUUAAAUUCAAGGAGACAGAAUUGCCAGUAAAGGAAGGUGACAAGAACCACUCAAAACAAAUCUACCAGACUUUUGAGAGUGCAGUGCAUUCUGGUCAGGUGAAGGUCCCACCAGGCUACCAUCCCAUUGAUGUGGAGAAGGAAUGGGGCAGGCUGCAUGUCGCCAUUCUUGAGAGGGAACGUCUGCUGAGAAUAGAGUUUGAAAGACUUGAACGACUCCAGAGGAUUUUCAACAAAAUCCAAAUGGAAUCGGGUGUUACCGAUGAUCAGCUCAGUCAUCUGGAGGCCCUUCUGCAAACUGACAUUCACCUGCUGAAUGCAGGGAAGCCAGCUCAACACACAGCAGAAGUGGGGAGGGAGCUGGACAAGGCAGAUAACAUGAUCCGCCUGCUUUUCAAUGACGUCCAGUUUCUUAAAGAUGGACACCACCCUCAGGCCGAACAGAUGUACCGCAGAGUAUACCGGAUACACGAGAGGUUGGUUAACUUGCGCAGUGACUACAACCUUCGUCUAAAGGCUCCUCAGACUACAGUGAUACAGAAAGUCCAGCAGAACACUUCAAAGGUGCGCCCAGAACUGGAUGAUGUCACUUUGCGUUACGUCCAGGACCUUUUGGCCUGGGUGGAGGAGAACCAGCACCGCAUCGAUGAGGGAGAGUGGGGCUCAGACCAGCCCUCUGUGGAGUCCCAGCUGGGCAGCCAUCGCGGCCUGCACCAAACUGUGGAAGAUUUCAAGGCUAAGAUUGAGCGAGCCAAGACAGAUGAGAAUCAACUAUCUCCCAUUAGCAAAGGCACAUAUAAAGACUACCUGGGUAAACUGGACCUGCAAUAUGGAAAACUACUGAACUCUUCAAAGUCUCGUCUGAGAAACUUGGAAUCACUUCAUGCAUUUGUCAGUGCUGCUACAAAAGAACUGAUGUGGCUUAAUGACAAAGAGGAAGAGGAGGUCAACUACGACUGGAGCGACAAGAACACAAAUAUGACCGCUAAGAAAGACAACUACUCUGGUCUUAUGCGAGAGCUGGAACAUAGGGAGAAGAAGGUCAAUGAUAUCCAGAUCAUGGGUGACAAACUUGUUCGAGAUGUUCAUCCUGGCAAAAAGACCGUUGAGGCGUUCACAGCUGCUCUGCAGACUCAGUGGAGCUGGAUUCUUCAACUGUGCUGUUGCACUGAGGCUCACCUAAAGGAAAACACUGCUUACUAUCAGUUCUUUGCUGAUGUAAAGGAGGCCCAGGACAAGAUUACAAAAACGCAAGACACCAUGAAAAAGAAGUACAGCUGUGAUCGCAACACAACAGCCACGCGCCUGGAGGAUCUGCUGCAGGAUGCGGUGGAAGAGCGAGAACAGCUGAAUGAACUGAAGACUAUGAUAACUGGCCUCAACAAGAGAGCUAAGACCGUCAUCCAGCUGAAGCCACGGAACCCCACUACUGCUAUCAAAGGAAAACUGCCCAUUCAGGCUGUGUGUGACUUCAAGCAACAGGAGAUCACCGUGCACAAAGGAGACGAGUGUGCUCUACUUAACAACUCGCAGCCUUUCAAGUGGAAGGUGCUUAACCGGACCGGAAACGAGUCUAUGGUCCCCUCUGUCUGCUUCAUGGUCCCUCCCAUCAACAAGGAAGCUCUGGACAGCAUUAGCAGUCUGGACGGAGGGCAGCAGCAGAUGGUGUUAAUGUGGCAGAAAUUCUACAUUGACAUGAAGAGUCUGUUGUCGUGGCAAUAUCUGAUGAAAGACUUCACACAGAUUAACACGUGGAACAUUACUAUGUUGAAGUCCAUGAAGCCAGAAGAGUACAGGCUGGUGAUGAGGAACCUGGAGCUGCACUACCAGGACUUUAAGAAGGACAGCCAGGACUCUGAGAUGUUUAAACCCAAUGACCGCAAGCAAGUGGAUCAGGAUUACAACAAGGCAACUCAACAUUUCGAGAACCUCCUUCACUCUAUGGAGAAAGGUCAACAGGAUGAGACGUUGUGUAAGAACUACAUCUCUGAGCUGAAGGACCUGCGCGUGAACAUUGAAGAUUGUGAGAACAGCACUGUCGGCCGAAUCCGAAAACCUGUGGAAGCAGAACCUCUGAAGGAUUGUCUCCAGAAGAAUAUUGAGCAGAAGAAAGUGCAUGUGAUACUGGAGGGGCUCAAGAAGGACUUGGAUAAAGUCUCCGUGAAGACGCAACAGGUGUUGAACUCCCCACAGCCCUCGGCUCCUGUCCUCCGCUCAGAGCUGGACCUCACAGUCCAGAAAAUGGACCACACCCACAUGCUCUCUUCUGUCUACCUCGAGAAACUGAAGACAGUGGAAAUGGUGAUCCGUAACACCCAGGGCGCCGAAGGAGUUAUCAAGCAAUAUGAGGACUGCCUGCGUGAGGUUCACACUGUUCCCAGUGACGUCAAAGAAGUGGAGUCUUAUAGAGCCAAGCUUAAGAAAAUGCGAACUGAAGCAGAGGCUGAACAGCCAGUAUUUGAUUCUCUGGAUGAGGAGUUAAAGAAAGCUUCAGGUGUGAGUGACAAGAUGUCUCGCGUGCACAGUGAGCGAGAUGUGGAGCUGGACCACUACCGUCAGCUCUUAUCCAACCUGCAAGAACGCUGGAAAGCUGUUUUCACCCAGAUCGACCUUCGUCAGAGGGACCUCGAGCAGCUGGGCCGCCAACUUGGCUACUACAGGGAAAACUAUGACUGGCUCAUCCACUGGAUCAAUGACGCCAAGUUAAGACAAGAGAGAAUACAAACUAUCCCGAUCACAGACACAAAAACCAUGAGAGAACAGCUGACUCAGGAGAAGAAACUACUCGAAGAAAUCGAGAAUAACAAAGACAAAGUAGAUGAAUGUCAAAAAUAUGCCAAAUCCUACAUUGAUGCAAUAAAAGAUUAUGAACUUCAAUUAGUUGCCUACAAAGCACAAGUGGAACCUCUUACAUCUUCCCCCUUGAAGAAAACCAAACUUGAUUCUGCCUCAGAUAAUAUUAUUCAAGAGUAUGUAACACUACGUACACGAUAUAGUGAACUGAUGACUCUGACUAGUCAGUACAUUAAGUUCCUGAAUGACACAGAGCGUCGCCUUGACAACGAGGAGAAAGCUGCAGAGAAAAUCAAAGCAGAAGAAAAGAAAAAAAUGGCCGAGAUGCAGGCUGAACUAGACAAACAGAGACAGUUAGCUGAUGGUCAUGCAAAAGCCAUUGCAAAAGCAGAAAAGGAGGCCAAAGAGCUGAAACUUAGAAUGCAGGAAGAAGUAAGCAAAAGAGAAAUUGCUGCUGUAGAUGCCCAAAGGCAAAAGUCCAACAUCCAGCUGGAACUCCAUGAGCUAAAAAAUCUCUCUGAGCAACAGAUCAAUGACAAAGCCCAACAGGUUGAAGAAGCUCUUCAAACUCGUGCCAAGAUUGAGGAUGAAAUACACCUAAUAAGAAUCCAACUGGAGACUACUGUAAAACAAAAGCUUGUAGCAGAAUCUGAGCUUCAACAACUACGUGACAAAGCUGAUGCAGCUGAAAAACUCAGAAAGGCCGCUCAAGAUGAGGCAGAGAAACUACGCAAACAAGUCAAUGAAGAAACCUUAAAGAAGCGGUUAGCAGAAGAAGAGCUAAAACGCAAAUCUGAUGCCGAAAAAGAGGCUGCACGGCAAAAGCAAAAAGCUCUGGAUGACCUUCAAAACCUCAAAAUGCAGGCGGAGGAGGCCGAGCGCAAAGUUAAACAAGCUGAGAUAGAAAAGGACAGACAAAUACAGGUGGCACAAGCAGUAGCCCAGAAAAGUGCUGCAACUGAACUCCAAAAUAAACAUCUGUCUUUUGUAGAAAAAACCUCAAAAUUGGAAGAAUCCCUAAAACAAGAGCAUGGCACAGUACUUCAACUACAACAGGAAGCAGCACGUCUUCAAAAACAACAAGAGGAGGCAGAAAAUGCAAGAGAAGUGGCUGAAAGAGAGCUUGAAAAAUGGCGCCAAAAAGCAAAUGAAGCUCUGCGAUUAAGACUUCAAGCUGAAGAAGAAGCCCACAAGAAGACCAUUGCACAGGAAGAAGCUGAGAAACAGAAGGAUGAUGCUGAGCGUGAGGCCAAGAAGAGGGCUAAAGCCGAAGAUUCCGCACUAAAGCAAAAAGAAAUGGCAGAGAAGGAGCUGGAUAGGCAAAGAAAUCUUGCUGAUAGCACUGCACAACAGAAACUUAAUGCUGAGCAAGAGUUGAUACGCCUCAGGGCCGACUAUGACAACGCUGAGCAACAAAGAUCUCUUCUUGAAGAUGAAUUAUACCGUUUGAAGAAUGAAGUCAUCCGGGCUGAGCAACAACGAAAACAACUUGAAGACGAGUUGGCUAAAGUUAGGAGCGAAAUGGAUGUGCUUAUUCAAAUGAAGUUCAAAGCUGAACAGGAGAGUAUGUCCAACACAGAGAAGAGCAAACAGCUUCUAGAGGACAAAGCUGCGAAGAUGAAAGAUCUAGCAGAUGAAGCAAGUCGGCUCAGAGCAAUUGCUGAAGAAGCCAAGCAACAAAGGCAGAUGGCUGAAGAAGAAGCGGCCCGUCAGAGAGCUGAAGCAGAAAGGAUACUUAAAGAAAAAUUGGCUGCAAUAAGUGAAGCUACUCGCCUCAAAACAGAAGCUGAAAUUGCCCUGAAAGAAAAAGAAGCAGAAAAUGAAAGAUUACGUCGCUCUGCUGAAGACGAAGCCUACCACAGGAAAGCUCUUGAGGAUCAGGCAAAUCUGCACAAAAAGGAGAUUGAAGAAAAGAUUAUCCUACUUAAAAAGUCAUCGGAUGCUGAAAUGGAACGACAAAAAACGCUAGUGGAUGAUACCCUCAAACAAAGGAGAAUUGUUGAAGAAGAAAUCCGAAUUCUCAAGCUCAACUUUGAAAAAGCCUCUUCUGGAAAACUUGAUCUUGAACUUGAACUAAACAAACUGAAAAACAUUGCUGAUGAAACACAACAGAGCAAACUCAGGGCUGAAGAGGAGGCAGAAAAACUAAGGAAGUUUGCCUUAGAAGAAGAAAAACGGAGAAAAGAGGCUGAAGAAAGGGUGAAGAUAAUUUCGGCUGCUGAGAAGGAGGCAGCCAGGCAGAAAAAGGCAGCUGUAGAAGAACUGGAUAGGCUCAAAAAGAAAGCUGAAGAAGCCAGAAAGCAAAAAGAUGAAGCUGAUCAAGAAGCUGAAAAUCAACUUGUUGCGGCACAGCAAGCAGCACUUAAAUGUAGUGCAGCUGAGUAUCAAGUCCAGGUGGUUCUUGCUCAACAGAAAGAAGAUGGUGCCAUGCAGAAAAAGCUGAAAGAGGAGUAUGAAAAAGCAAAAGCUUUGGCAAAAGAAGCAGCAGCAGCUAAAGAAAAGGCAGAACAGGAGGCAGCCUUGUUCCGCCAACAAGCAGAGGAGGCAGAGAGGCAGAAAGCUGCGGCUGAACAAGAAGCUGCAAACCAAGCCAAAGCACAAGAAAACGCUGAGAGACUGAGAAAAGAGGCAGAGUUUGAAGCUGCUAAACGGGCACAAGCAGAAGCCUCCGCACUAAAGCAAAAGCAACAAGCUGACGCAGACAUGGCCAAGCACAAGAAAUUGGCUGAACAAACUUUAAAGCAAAAGUUUGGGGUUGAGCAAGAGCUUACGAAGGUGAAACUUAAACUAGAUGAAACUGACAAACAGAAAUCUCUCCUUGAUGACGAACUUCAGCGCUUAAAGGAUGAGGUGGAUGAUGCCGUGAAACAGAGGUCCCAAGUAGAGGAGGAGCUUUUCAAAGUCAAAGUUCAAAUGGAGGAACUAAUUAAACUGAAACUAAGGAUUGAAGAGGAAAAUCAGCGCCUCAUUAAAAAGGACAAAGACAAUACUCAAACGUUCCUUGCUGAAGAGGCUGAACAUAUGAAGAAGCUGGCUGAAGAUGCUGCUAGACUAAGUGUAGAAGCACAAGAGACGGCCCGUCUGAGACAAAUCGCAGAGGACGAUCUUAAUCAACAACGAGCCUUGGCAGAAAAAAUGCAUAAUGAGAAAAUGCACGCAAUUCAAGAAGCUUCUAGACUCAAGGCUGAAGCAGAGAUGCUACAAAGACAAAAAGACCUCGCACAGGAGCAAGCUCAAAAAUUACUGGAGGAUAAACAACUCAUGCAGCAGCGUCUGAAUGAGGAAACCGAGGAGUAUCAAAAAUCUCUUGAAGCUGAGAGGAGAAGACAAUUAGAAAUUUUAGCAGAAGCAGAAAAACUCAAACUACAAGUUUCUCAGCUUAGUGAAGCCCAGGCCAGAGCUGAGGACGAAGCCAAAAAGUUCAAGAAACAAGCAGACUCAAUUGCUUCCCGCCUUCAUGAGACCGAAAUAACUACAAAAGAAAAAAAUACAGCUGUGGAAAAACUGGAAAAUGACAAAUUAAACUCGAACAGAGAAUCGGAUGAUUUACGCAAAGCAAUCGCAGGCCUAGAGAAGGACAAGGCUAGACUCAAAAAGGAGGCAGAGGAACUUCAAAAUAAGUCUAAAGAGAUGGCGGAUGCACAGCAGAAACAAAUAGAGAAUGAAAAGACAAUGCUCCAGCAGUCCUUCUUAACAGAAAAGGAGAUGCUCUUGAAAAAGGAAAAGCAGAUUGAAGAUGAGAAAAAGAGACUUGAGAGUCAGUUUGAGGAAGAGGUCAGAAAAGCCCAAGCUCUCAAAGAUGAACAGGAACGCCAGAAGAAACAAAUGGAGGAGGAAAAGAAGAAACUUGAGGAGAACAUGACUACUGCCCUUAACAAGCAGAAAGAGGCAGAGUUAGAAAUGCUUAACAAACAGAAAGAAAUGCAGGAGCUAGAGAAGAACAGACUGGAGCAAGAAAGAAAACUUGCUGAGGAAAACCAGAAACUGAGAGAGAAACUUCAGCAGAUGGAGGAUGCACAAAAGGAGCAGCCAAAUAUUGAAACUAUAACAAUGGUCGAAGCUCCAAGAACAGUCCUCAAUGGUCAAAAUGCCACAGAUCGUCGUAUCGUUAUUGUGGACCCAGCCACUGGUAAAGAGAUGACUGUCUAUGAGGCGUACAAGCGGGGGCUUAUUGACCAUCAGACCUACUUGGAGCUUGCAGAGCAGGAGUGUGAAUGGGAGGAAAUCACAACGACCUCUUCAGAUGAUGUGCGUCCUGUAAUUGAAAAGACUACUUUUAGAUUUCAUUUUUUGAAGCUGGACACUCAGAUGGCACGGUCAAACAGUCCCCAUCGUCACAAUGUCCUAAUCCAGAUUUGCCACUGA